AUGCACCCCCGUGUUUGCCAGCCUAUUCCCACAAGACCACUCUGUGAUUCCUUCCGCUUUCUCUCUGUGUGCACACAUGUGUGCCAUGAUGCCAUCACCAUGCGUGCUCAUGUGCACAUGCCAUCACCAUGCGUGCUCAUGUGCACAUGCCAUCACCAUGCGUGCUCAUGUGCACAUGUCAUCACAUCACACGUACAGGAGGUGCCUGCCACUGACGCCCAGACAACUCUCUCCCAUCUCCUCUCCUUCCUCCACAUUCUCGUAUCCCCACCCAUUGCUCUCGCCACCACGCCCACACGCCCUUCUCACCCACCACCGCUGCAGCAGCAGCAGGGUGCGCGGGAAACAGCGGCGGCAGCGGCGGCAGAGGAGGAGAGAAGAGGACACGAGCGUGCAGACGAUGAUGGAACAGGAGGAGGUGGGGAGGGCGGAGAAGACAGGGGCAGUGAUUGUGGUGUUGGGAGGGUGACGGGGAGCGGCAGAGGAGCAGUGGUGGUGAUGCAGGGUGAUGCUGCGUUGAGGGCAUGCCAUCUGGCUGUUGGGCUACCCCGUGGUAUAUCUGCUGCCCUCCCUGCCCCCCUGCACGCCUCACCUGAGCCGUUCCCCUCAGAGCAGCUUGCAGUGCCGCCCGGUGAAGCCAUGGCUCGCUGCUUUGCUGCCACUCCGCUCUCCGUGCUCUCUGUCUCCGCUGCCUGCAGUGCAGGGGAGAACAGCAGUGAGGGGUCAAGGCCGCAUGAUUCACAGACGCAUGGCUCCCUCCUUACCACCAACACCCCUACCCACGAGCUGCUGAGGUUCUCCGUCCCAUCCUUCCUGCUGUCUGUGCCAGACACACCAUCCCCACACCUGCACUAUCCCUGGCUACGCUCACUCCUCGCCACCCUCCAAUCAAGAGUCGCCAGCUGUCCCAGUGCACGCUACGGAGCGCCUAACGAGGGUGUUGAAACGGAGGAUGGCAGGAGGGACAGUGGGGGAAGUGGGAGCAGUAGUACAAUAGGAGUGCCGAAUGGCAGUGCGGGGGUUGGUGCUGCUGCAUGCAAGAAAGAAGGGACGGAGAAGCUGCAAGAGGAAAGGGAGACGACGAGCUGCUGUACAGGGGCCAUCAUGUGCCAGGUGUGGAAAGAGAGGCAGCAGCAGGCGCACACUGAGGAGAGGCACAGCAGUGCCUGGUGGUGCUGGGAGCAGCUGACAGUGGCCGUUACCCCUGCUGAGACAUCAGCAGUAGUUCUGUAG